UUUCCUCAAAAUGCCACGAAGAAGACGUGCAUUAGCAGCUUGGGUCGUUUCAUUUCAAGUCUUGUGAGUUUUACAGUAAAUAUUUGUGUUGAACUGAGAUUCUGUUUGGCGUUACGUGGUGGUUAAUGACGGAAUGUUGUUUCGCUCAGUAGUUGGUCGUAACACCAUGUUCCUGGGGUCAAGAUUUGAUCUGUUGUGACGCUGCUGAUUUAGCUAAGUUUUACAGUAAUGUUAUCUGCUGUCAUGCUGACUGCAUUGCUGAGCGUUAAAACCGUAUGGAGAUUUCCCCCAGAUGUACUUUUACAAUAUGUAUUUUGUCACGGGAAAAGGAAACUGUCGAGCUUUUUCAGGCACGUUGGAGUUAUUAAUGGAGUCAGAGGAUUCAGCACGUCCUGCACAGUGUGUGCCAAAGCCAGAGGACACCCUAAGAAGAGGGAGCUGUCUGAGAAGAAGCUGACCAGGUACUUUGUGGAUCACCGCACAGUGAAGAUGAUGGCUGGUUCAGGUGGUGAUGGGGCCUGUACUUUCCACAGUGAGCCCAGGAAAGAGUGGGGAGGACCGGACGGAGGAAAUGGGGGUGACGGAGGAAGCGUCAUCAUCAAGGCUGACCGGUUUGUUAAAUCACUGGCAAAAGUGGCUGCACUUUAUAGAGGACAGGAUGGGGAAUCUGGAGGUAGCAAGAACUGUUAUGGAAAAAAUGGCAGCACAACUUUUAUCUCUGUACCUUUAGGCACCGUGGUGAAGGAGCAGGGAAGAACAGUAGUAGAUCUAUCCGAGCAUGGCCAGGAGUAUCUGGCUGUGUUUGGGGGGGCUGGGGGUAAGGGGAAUAGAUUCUUUCUGUCUAAUGAGAACCGUGCACCAGUGACGGCCACCCCAGGAAUCCCAGGCCAGGAGAGAGUUCUGCAGCUGGAGCUGCGUACUAUGGCUCAUGCUGGACUGGUUGGGUUUCCAAAUGCUGGGAAAUCAUCCUUAUUGAGAGCUAUCUCCAAUGCAAGGCCUGCUGUAGCUGCUUAUCCUUUUACAACCCUCAACCCUCAUGUUGGAGUCAUCAAUUACAGGGAUCACGAGCAAAUUGCAGUUGCCGACAUCCCAGGGAUCAUCCAAGGAGCCCAUUUGAAUCGAGGCCUGGGGAUCGCUUUCCUACGGCACAUAGAGCGCUGUCGCUUCCUCCUGUUUGUUUUGGACUUGGCAACUCCAGAACCCUGGACUCAGCUUCAACAGCUACGCUUUGAGUUAGACCAGUAUGAGCCUGGGCUGUCCCAGCGGCCUCAGGCCAUCAUAGCCAAUAAAAUAGACCUACCCGAGGCUCGGGAGAAUCUAGAGACUCUAAAGAGCCACGUCAGUGAAAGGGUUGUCCCUGUGUCGGCUCUCACAGGGCACAACACAGAGGAGCUUAUCCUUCACCUCAGAGCGCUGUACGAUGGCUACCUGCAGGAAGAAAUAAGAGCAGGAGGCAAACCCAUCAGGUGGUAGUUUAAAUGGGGGAGGGGGGGCCUUUCGUCUUAGCAUACUGACAUUUCUUUUAGUAUGCGUUUUGAAAAUAUGCAAUGCAUUUGUUUCCUAUCACAACUAUUAUUGUAGUAUUGGCAAUUUAAAUGUUUUAUUUAAGCACUGUGGAAUUUAAGAAGCAUCUAACUACUGUCAAGUUCUGGUUAUAUCUGAAUAAAGUUUUUACUUCAAAACAUAAAACCAAAACGGUGACAGAGUGCUGGCUGUGUCUCUAAUCUGGUAUUACGCUCCUUAAGCACGUUGAAGGCUCCAGUGAAAGCAAACUGAUAUUCUCUUUCAUAAAGGGCUAAGAAUCCAAAUGUCUUAUCUGCUGAGUAUGACGGCCGUCAUUUAUGGUUCAAUGCCUGAAAUCUUCACCACGAUUUUCAUUUUAAUGUGGGAAAGCACUGUGCACACUGUUCGCUCUGCAAAACUCUUAAGUGCUAUUAAAAGGAAAUGGGCGUACACAAGAUGAGAACAAGUGUACCAGUACCUCAAGUGGUAUUCUACUGUCUCAGAUAGUCCUCUUCAAACUUCAUUGACACCCCUCCAAUAGAGCAACCUCCCUCUGCUGCCGCAGUUGGUUUUUCAACUAAAAUUGUAUCACACCAUGAGCAGUCAGUAUGUUAUAUGAUGUGCUGUACUGACGUUACCUGACAUAAAGUUGAACAUGUAGAAAUGAA